AUGGAGACACGCAACAUGUACGAUUGCUACAGGCCGCCGCCCACGGUGCCCACAGGGCCUAGGGGCUAUCCCAACAAAAGGCCCCGGCGGGAUCACUCGCCGCCACCACGCGGCCACGCCCGAGGGCCCCCAGUAUUGGUACCCGUACGGCCACACUCGCCUCCAUUACUGCAGGAUUUCAAGGGCCGAAGAGCACAAGAUUCGUGGUCAAUAUUGGGCCCGGCCAAAGCAGAAGCAAGCGACGCAGCAGGUGACGAGGACAGACAAUCCCCCGACCUAGAUCAGGCCUUCAACGAUGCAGUGGAUGGGAUUUUUGUCCAGACGAAUUCUCUCCUGUCCCUCGCCACCAACUCGGGUCAACCACAGAGCCAGGUUCUGCCACGUGUGGUUGCGAGUAUCCAGGGAAACCUGUUCCGGUUACGGGAGGUCUAUCGCGGUAUGGUAGCUGCUGUGGAUGGCUGCGAGGAAGAAAUCAGCCAGCUUCACGCCAGGGAAAAUCAACUGCAAAGGGCUCUUGAUCACGAAAGAGCGGCGAAUUGGAAAAUAGAUUGCGCAACGCAGCAGCUGAGGCAGCAGAUCGAUGCCCUGAGCAAGGAGGCGAAAGAACAAAGAUCAAAUUUUGACCGGAUGAAACGCGAGAUCGAGGAAAAACGCGCGACGAUCGAAAGACAGAAGAGGAGCGGUCGAGACAUGCAUGCAUGUGUGGCCAAGAAACAGGAAGAAAUACAAAGGCUCCAGGCCCUUGUGAGAGAAAGGGACAUCGAAAGAGAGAAAUUAAGAGCCGAGCUGCAAAAGGUUAUCCUGGGAAGGGACUCAACACAGUCACCAGCCAAGGAGCCCGCUUCUACCCAAAGCAAACCCGAGCCUGCCCCUGAUCUGCGUUCUGGCGAGGGCGAACAAGUGACUCAAAGCCAAAGCCACCAAGCCCCUGUCCCGGAGCGGGAUGUGGAAAGGGAAGAGGCAGCCGCUGAGAUUAGCAGACUGCAGAGUCUUGUGCGGGAGAGAGACUCAUUCUGCGAGGAUGCCAAGGCUGAAAACGACCGGCUACACGGCCAGGUGAGAGAGAGGGAGGCCGAUUUGGAAAAAUACAGGGCCGAAACCGCGCGCCUAGUGACCCUCCUCAGGGAUAAGGACGCGGAGCUCGAAAGACAGAGAUCAGAAAUCAGCAACCUGGAGAGCCUCAUCCGAGAACAUGAGGCCAGCAGCGGAAAAGAAAAGGCGGAGUUCAUCCGCCUUCGGGAUCUUUGCCAGCAGAAGCAGGCAGAAGCCGUAAGGCACGGUGCCGAGAUCAUCGGGCUCCGGAAUCUGACCAAGGCGAGAGAUGCCGAAGUUGAAACCCUGAGAGCCCAAAUCCGCAGACAACAAGGCAGUAUCCAACAAUUGGAACGGGUACAACAUGCGGCGGACUUGCCGGUUUCACCUGUUUCACCGCUGGAAGCAACGCAGCCGUUCUUAACGUUGAAUGGGCAAACCAUUCCGGAGCUAUACGAGGACCCUGUCACGCGCCGGUCGUCUCAGACGCCAUAUAUAGAGUCGGAAGCAUUGGACCGAACAGCAUUGGCGAUUCCCAGUGUCACGCAGGCGGAUGGAGUACAGGAUCCGGCACGGCGUCUCGCACACCUGGGCGCUGGAGUAACGGAUGUGCUAUGCCGCGUUUAUCAGAUCGAUGCACAGAAACCACGUAGCGAUGUCCUUCUGAGCUUCGUGGAAAGGCUCGGGUCAGUCUCAGAAAUACCACCCAUCAACACGAUUCCAGCGGCGGGCCUCGAGGAGCGCUUCGCCGAGCUCUGCCUCCUCUUUCCAGAUCGAGAAACGACCACCGAACAGUUUGAACAUCUCGCCAACCUCAUCACCUCACUUAUCAAAGCCGAGCACGGCUCCUCCCCGCGUUCAGGCCUGGCCUUCCUCGAAGCCAUGGCGACGCUGCGCCCCGCAUCAUCAUCCCCGGCGGGAACCACCCUCGACACCAAGACGGCACUUCUCGCACUCAUGAUCUGCGAGCUCUGCCGGCUGUUCGAGUUCACCUUCCCCACCGCCGCUCCAGUGCGUUAUUGGGAUAUUGGAAGUAUCCUGGGAUGUGAAGUCUACGAGGCGGCUGAGAAGCUGGCCAUUGGCAAGCUGGCCUACGCGCUUCGCUCCCCCGACCGGUCCGGCACGGGACAUAGCCAAACGCUGAAAGAACAUUUGAAGGCUAACUGCCUGAAUGAGUUCUGUGUGUUUUCAAAACAGACUGCUGAUGGUGGUGCGCAAACGGAGAUUGGCUUGCUCCAUUGCGGCGAGGGCUCCGGGUGCUUCUUAAUCAUUGACUUUGGGGAGCGCAGUUUAGGCUUGUGGAUUGUCGGCUGGCGUCAAUGCAGCCCAAUGCGGCCGAGCCUAGGAAGUUUGAUUUGGUUGUGA